AUGCCACUUCGCCGGCGCUGUGAUGUAGUGGCAGCAUACUGGACUCUGAAUCCAGGUACCUGGGUUCGAAUCCCAGCAGUGCCUUCCUUUUGUCCUAUUACAAAAGGAUUAACUUUGAAAUGUAGUCAUUGUAUUUGCCUUUGUGAUACAUGCUUGUACUUUCAAAACAUCCCCCUAUUUUUUAAUAGUUCAACUUUGUGGAAAUUUAUAAAUUUAAAAGAUUGA